GCAUUGUGGGUACAUAGUUUAGCUGGAGCGGCGUCGGCUUGUGUGCCUCCAGAAUGGACUACGAUUCCCGUCGUGCACUGCGCUCAACUCAGGCCGCCCUAAUCUGUGUGCGCAGACGCCUGGGGAUAGUAGUUUCGGCCGCGUGGAUGUGGAUCUGAACCGGGUGGCGGGGAACUCACCUUCCCAGCGACCCGUUUGACAGGGCGGGGCGCCUCACGAAGAUGGUGGCGCGCGCGGCGUGUGGCUCCUGUCUUCUCCCCCAGUCUCUACUCAGCGCACCGGCCAGCGUUUCGCUGGUUUGGAGUCCCCGCCCUCCGGGUCCCUGACCCCGCGCCCCCUUUCCGUGUGCCCGACUGCUGGUUCCAGGAAUGCCUCGAGCUCGUAAGGGCAAUGCGCUCCGCAAGGGCGGUCAGCGCCGUGGAGGAGGUGCCAGGAGCAGUACCCAGGCCGACUCAGGUUCCAGUGAGGAUGAAGCAGCCAGUGAGGCCCGGAGUGCCACCAGUGAAUGUCCCAGCCUGCUCAGUACCGCUGCUGAGGACUGCCUGGGUGGUGAAGCUGUGGAUGAGCAGAGCCAGCAGGGAGACCUGGAGGAAAAGCUGAAGGACUCUGUGGACUGCCUCACUGACAAGAGUGCCAAGACACGGCAAGGAGCUUUGGAGAGCCUGCGCCUGGCCCUGGCCUCCCACCUGCUUCCUGACUUCUUGCUGGAACGCAGCCUCACACUGUCGGAUGCCCUGGAAAAGUGCCUUAAGAAAGGGAAGGGUGAAGAACAGGCCUUGGCUGCUGCAGUGCUAAGCCUGCUCUGUGUGCAGAUGGGCCCUGGACCCAAGGGCGAGGAGCUGUUCCAUAGCCUGCAGCCCCUGCUAAUCUCGGUGCUCAGUGACAGCACGGCAAGCCCCACUGCCCGGCUCCAUUGUGCUUCUGCUCUUGGCUUGGGCUGCUAUGUGGCUGCCACCGAUGUCCAGGACCUGGUCUCUUGCUUGGCCUGCUUGGAAAGUAUUUUCAGCUGGUCCUGUGGUACUGGUGGUUCCUCUGCUGCUCUGGUCCCUGCCAGCCUACAGAGCCUGCUCUGUGCUGCCCUGCAGGCCUGGGCACUGCUGCUCACCAUCUGUCCUAGUAGCCACAUCAACCACGUCCUUGACAGGCAGCUGGCCCGGCUGCCGCAGCUCUUGUCCAGUGAGAGUGUGAACCUGCGGAUCGCUGCUGGGGAAGCCAUCGCACUGCUCUUGGAGCUGGCCCGGGACCUUGAGGAGGACUUCGUUUAUGAGGACAUGGAGGCUCUCUGUGGUUCCCUGCGGACUCUAGCCACUGACAGCAAUAAGUACCGUGCCAAGAUUGACCGUCGACGCCAGCGCUCCAUUUUCCGAGCUGUGCUGCACUUUGUUGAGGGUGGUGAAUAUGAGGAGGAAACGAUCCGCUUUGGACUGGAAGUGCUCUGCAUAGACAGCUGGGCUCGCCACCGCAUCUACACAGCCUUCAAGGAUGUGUUAGGCUCUGGCAUGCACUAUCACCUCCAGAACAAUGGGCUUCUCCGGGACAUCUUUGGCCUGGGUCCUGUGCUGGUGCUGGAUGCCGCCACCCUGAAGGCCUGCAAGAUUUCACGUUUUGAAAAGCACCUGUACAAUGCUGCAGCCUUCAAAGCCCGGACCAAGGCCCGCAGUCGUGCGAGGGACAAGCGGGCAGAUGUCUUGUGAAGCAGACUGCCCAGUGAGAGGGCCACCCGUACCCUUACCAUAUUUUUAACAGAAGACAGUGCAAGAACUGGUCCCCGCCAGUGACUCUCACUUUAUUAUUAUUUUUUUUAAACAAUGAAACCAAAAAUAGACAAAUGUGGGAGUGCCCGGGAUCCGGACACUUAAGACUCUGGCCCUUUGUAUCUGCACUCAGCCCUGUGGCUAUGGCCUCAUCCUGCCCUGUCUCAGGUAAAAUCAAAUGUGCGCCAGUCCCAGAGCUGGGGGGCAGGUGAGAAAGGACGGCCCCUUUCCUUUUUUAGACCUUGCCCCCUGGGGCCACUUCCUUUGGGGGUCUGGCACCUGUCCACCGGGGCAUAAGGUAGGCAGAGCUGCUGAGAAUGGAUGUGUGUGCUGGUUUUUAAAAAGAAGAGAGAAUUAAACAGUCCUUAUCCCCGA